AUGUGCAGCCCAUACUACGUACCAGUUCAUAGUGAGCUAGGGUUCUAUCCGCAGUCUCCAUAUCCCAAUAAGGUGCCUCUCCCCGGUGUUCCUAAUGUAGUCAAGAGGAGACCAAGGGCCGAGAAAUUGGAAAAGCGAAGAACCACCUGCACUACUGGUGGCGCUGGUUAUGAACCCAUGCAUCCACACAAUGGAUAUAAUACUAGCGGAGGCAGCGAUAUGGUCAACGAUGCCACGAGCAAACUUAUCAGCAAAUGCGACCAACAAACACUGCCGCUUUUUCCCUUGCAACCCACUGGCAUUUUGCAGCAAGGAAGAGAAGAUCAAAACUACCCUUCUACUGUUAACGAUGCUGACUGUUCCUCUGCUGCUCUAAUUGGCUCUAGUGCUGAUCAGAUUGUUGGUGACCAGCAGCCUUUCUAUGAUUUUUUCUCUGGAUAG